GCCCAGUUUUGUGCAUUAAGAUCAAUUAGAGACUGUGUGUUCUGCGUGGGAUUAGCAGGUUUUAUUACAGUUGCUAAUUGGUUCUGAAUCCUCUGGACUGCAGGAGGAUAACUGUCUUUAGCCACAUUUGCAGAGUGAUGGACCGCUUUAAUCAGUCUGUGAAUGGCCCUGAUCUUCUCUGUGAAGUGUGGGUCAUCACUCUGAAACACCUCUGUGUGUUGAUGCUGUGUGCGCUGGGGGGGGCCCCUGGGGUAGGGUGGUGGGGGGCCGUAGCGGCGUGUGUUGGGGGGUACAUACCGCUGCUGUUGAAAUCUGGGGCGUCUCUGUCUGGUCCAGUUAUUGGGGUUCCCUCUUCUGUGGCUGCCACCAGGAAAAAAGCCCCGUCGAUCAUAAGAAUCCCCCCUCCCGGCAUAAUGGCGGUGAUCUACGUCAUCAGGGGGUUCCCCGGGAUUCCCUCGCUGCAGAAAGCUGCGCUCUCCGCCUUCAUACUGGUGGGACCGGUACUGUCCGUCCCAGCGCUGUUGGGCCCAGUAUUCCCCCCCGUCUCGCUGCUCAUACCUGCGUCUUUCUCCGUGGCGCUGCUGCCUUUCUCUCCGUGGGUAGCUGCGGUCCGCUCCGCCCCGCACAACCUCCGCAUAUGUUCGCCGUCCGCGCGAUUCACCUCCGCCUCUCUGUCUGAAGCUCCGUGGGUUCGGGCUCGGUUCUGGGGCCCGUUCAGGUCUCCUGUGUCGGCGUCUCCUCGGCCCCACUCUGGUCCAGCUCUGGGAGCGAUUUCUUCCCGGCUGCCACGGCAUCUCCGCUCCGCUUUUUAAUUAUUUAUUUAUUUAUUUAU